AGGCGGCGGCGGCGCCGAGCGCAGUUUCGCGGCGGCUCCUGAGUCUCCGGCGGGCGGGGAUGGGCGGGCGGCCGCGCGGGGAUCGCGGGGAGUGCGCGACGUGACCGGCCUGCGCGCGGAGCCCGCCCGUCGGGUCCGGGACUGCUCGGCGGCCGCGGGCCGAGGGCUGAACGCGCCGGAGCAUGCGGGGCGCGGUGCGGGCGCCCGGGGGCCACGCCGCCCCCGGCCAACCUCCGUCCCCGUCCCCGCCGCUGCCGCGGCUGCUGCUGCUGCUGGCGCUGCUGCGCGGCGCGGGGGCGCAGUACUCCAGCGACCGGUGCGGCUGGAAGGGGAGUGGGCUGACCCACGAGGCGCACAGCAAGGAUGUGGAGCAGGUGUAUCUGCGCUGCUCGGCUGGCUCUGUGGAGUGGAUGUACCCGACCGGGGCCCUCAUCGUCAACCUGCGGCCCAACACCUUCUUGCCCUCCAGACCCCUCACGGUGUGCAUCAAGCCCUUCAGGGACUCCUCAGGCGCCAAUAUUUACUUGGAAAAAACUGGAGAACUGAGAUUGCUGGUACAGGACGGGGCCAGUGAGGCUGGCCAGGUGCAGUGUUUCGGCCUGCAGCAGGGCGGCCUGUUUGUGGAGGCCACACCCCAGCAGGACAUUAGCAGGAGGACCACAGGCUUCCAGUAUGAACUGAUGAGCAGACACAGCAGCCCUGACCUGCACGCGCGCUCUGCUCCGUGCAGACCUUGCAGUGACACGGAGGUCCUCCUUGCUAUUUGCACCAGUGACUUCGUGGUCCGUGGCUCUAUCCAGGAUGUCACCCACGUGCCAGAGCACCAGGAGUCCAUCAUCCACCUGAAGGUGAACAGACUCCACCGGCAGAAGAGCAGGGUUUUCCAGCCAGCUCCCGAGGGCAGUGGCCCCUGGCAGGGCCUGGUCACAACACUGCUGGAAUGUGGUGUGCGGCCAGGGCCCGGAGACUUCCUCUUUACUGGCCACGUGCACUUUGGAGAGGCCCGGCUUGGCUGUGCCCCGCGCUUCAGUGACUUCCAAAGGAUGUACAGGGACGCAAAGGCGCAGGGGCUGAACCCCUGCGAGAUCAGCACAGCGUGACUGCAGGGAGCCCUCUCCUCACGUGCCAUCGCGCGAAUCCUGGUGUGGGCCGCAGGCUGGCGCCGAAGGCCAGGGGCUCAGCCUGGCCCAGUUCUCAAGCCUCGGAGGUACAGGCUGCCCUGACCCCAGGAGGGCCCAGCCACGGGUGCCCUGACCGAUGUGGAAAUGCUGUGAAGUGCAAACUAAGUUAUUAUAUUUUUUUGUAAAAAAGAAAUGUGCAUAGGAAACAAACGUGUGUUGAAGAUGCCUUGGCGGCCACUUCCUGCACUUUCAAACCGUUUGGUGUGGGUGUCACUGGGGGUGGGCCAGUGCCGGCGAUGGUCACCAGGCUUUGUGGAAGCCUGGGUGCCCUCCAACGCCGUGACAGGGGGAACACAUUUUUUCUCUCAUUUGGUUUUGCUCUUAAGGAAUGAGCUUUGCAGCUGUGUCCUCCUGGGCUGCAGGCAGGUUCUCUUGCAGAGAAUAAAGGUCAGGUUCUGCCCA